AUUAUGCCGAGGGCUUUUCGGAGACUGGUCCAUUUGGUGCUCUUCUGUCCCUUGUCCAAAGGAGUUCAGACUCGCUUUCCUGUGAUCAAGGUGAAGUACCUGCUGCUGGCAUGGCUGGGCGUUCUCAUCACCAGCUGGGUCCUUUACAUGCAGUAUGCCUCUUACUCUGAACUCUGUCGUGGCCAUGUCUGCCAAAUGGUUAUAUGUGACCAUUAUAAAAGAGGCAUCAUAUCUGGCUCAUCUUGCAAGGCUUUGUGUGACCAAAAAUCUUUGACCAUGCAGCGUUGUAUGUCCACAACCUCAACACAUCAGAUCUACAGUGGACUGUGGAAGGAGAGACCUGUUAUUAUUAAGUGUGGUCUUGAUGAUCCAGUCAGUGCAGAUGGGAUCCCAGAGUCUGGACUGAGGCAUGAGCUGAGUUUAUUUGACAAACCAACACGAGGGACGUCAAUGGAUGAAUUUAAAGACAUGCUGCACACUUUUCUCAAGACAAACCUUGGAGAGCAGCCAUCUUUAAACACCUUAGUGGAUCGGGUUAUUACGCUGGCAGAUAUUAACCAGGAUGGUAAAGUGUCGCUUGCAGAGGCAAAAUCCAUUUGGGCUCUUCUUCAAAUCAAUGAAUUCCUCCUGAUGGUGGCGCUGCAGGAGAAGGAGCACACUCCCAAGCUGCUGGGAUUCUGUGGUGACCUAUAUGUGACUGAACGAGUGAGCCAUAGUUCACUGUAUCGAUUAGAGGUGCCCCAUUAUCUGCAGUCUGUGGUUCCUGAGGCUCUGAGCUCUGGUUUGAAUCACUGGCUUGCUCCAACUUGGCCACGCAGAGCACGAAUUACUAUUGGUUUAUUAGAAUUUGUAGAAGAAGUUUUUCAUGGUUCAUAUGGAAGCUUUUUAAUAUGUGAUGCCAGUCCUCAUCACGUUGGCUAUAAUGUUAAGUAUGAUUGCAAAAUGGCCAAUCUGCGCAGUGUGGCUUCUGAGGCAGUGGUGCGAGGCUAUCUCAAAGGACGGCACUGUGAAACCAAUGCAGACUGUACUUAUGGACGAGAUUGUACUGCCACCUGUGACAGACUGGUGAAACAGUGUAACACCGAAGUGGUACAACCCAACCUGGCAAAGGUGUGUGUGUUGCUGCAGGACUUUCUGUUAUUUGGCGCACCAUCAGAUGUGCGUGGAGAUUUGGAAAAGCAGCUUCGGACCUGUGUGACACUUAAUGGACUGGCAAGCCAAAUGGAAGUUCACCACUCACUAGUUCUUAAUAACUUAAAGACACUGUUGUGGAAGAAGAUUUCAAACACACAGUACUCAUGA